CCUUUUUUUUUCUUUUUAAAUCCUCUAUUUUUCAUUUUCCUCCACCACAACCCAACAAUCAACAACAACAACCACAAACAAACAACUUCAAAUAUUCAAAAACAUCCAUCCUCUGCUCCGCCACCCACCGCCUUAUAGAAAAUGAGACAUGGUAGGACUCAGUGUAAUCUUAGAAACUCGGAAACUCGACGUCGUCACUGACUCGACUCGUCAGGUCAUUGACAAAACUACUCUUAUCAUGAUUAACAACAACCACAACAACCGCCAUCGCCACCACUCUGUUUCUUCUUCUUCUUCUUCUUCUUCUAAAACUCCAAGAUUUCUGGAACGAUGCUUUCUGUGCGCCCAGAAGCUUCUCCCCGGAAAAGACAUCUAUAUGUACCAAGGGGACAAGGGUUUCUGCAGUGAAGAGUGCAGAUGCCGGCAGAUUUUCAUGGACGAAGAAGAAACAAUGUUAGAUGCCGGAAACUGCUCGUUCGUCGCCGCCAUUAACCCACAAACCACCCCUACUUCUCCCUCUCCUCCACCUUCUCGCCUCCCUAAACCCACCAAAAACCACUCCCCAGGUUUUGCUUACUGAUCCUCGUCAAACCAUAAAUCGUCUUUCUUUUUUGUAAUUUUCAGCUGUGAAUUUAUUUCUCGGGUUUCUUAUUUAUUUUUAUUUUUUUCUUUUUGGGUGGGUGGGGUUUUGAUCUCUGAAGAUGAAACCUAGGAGAAGAAGAAGAAGGAUGUUCUUUUUUUUUUUUUUUCUUUUUUAAAAGAUUUAAUUAGCCAAAAGACUUCUAUAGAUAUAUUAAGACAAAAGGUGGAUAUUGUGUA